GCGUCCUGCGGGAGCGGGGUCGGGAACGGGCCGAGGCCGAGGUCAGAGCAGCCAGCCCGGACUCGGUGACAGCGCCGGGCACGUCCGAGUGUGGUGCCAGCUUUGAUGUGUUCAAGACACGGGAGGACGUGGCCAGGGCCGGACAUGGACUGUUUGUGAGCACUCUGGCCCCUGCCAUGCACCCCACGGCAGCUGGGGACAGCAGCUUCUCCCGCGCGGCUGUGCAGACCUUGUCCCGCAGCCACUGCCGCAACAUCAAGCAGAAGAUCUCCCAGUGGGAGGGCAGGACACGGGGCUGCCCCAGCAAGGAGAAGCAGCAGCCAAAGGACUUUGGAGUAAAGUAUGAUCCCAACUGCAAUGCACUACCCAAAGUGAAGCCAGAAUGCACAGGGAAUGGCAGAAAGGCUGGGUCCAAAGAUCCAAAGAGCCUGGGGCUGGAUUUCAGGGAAGAUGCAUGGAGCUGCUGGCAGACUGAGGACUGCAGUGGCCCAGCUUCUCAAGCCAAGCAGAAAGGAGAGGGGCAAACAGGAUUCCUGGCCCUGGGGGUGCCACUGCCCCCAGGGAACUUCUAUACCUCACAAGCUCUGUGGAGAAAAGCAGAUCCCCUCCUGCCUGGCAGAGCCCCUCCUGUUUCCUUGGACCUCCAGAGGAAGCGAGGCAGCUCUGGCUGCACGGAAAGAGAACUGCAAAUCAAAGGAGUGGACACUUUCUGCGGGGCAGAGAGAAGCUUGAGAAACAUUUACUCUGAGGUUGAGGGGCAAGAGGAGGAGCCAGCUCCUGAUCCACCACCCAAACCCCGCAGGACUUUCUGCUACCUGGCAGAGAAGGGUGCUGGUGCUCGUAGAGAUGCCACUGCCAGUAGGGAAGCUGUCCUGCAAAAGCAGAGUGGAAGUGGCUUGGUGUCAUCCUCCAACAGCCCUGAGAAGAAAAUAGCCAGCAGGAGGAUCAGAGGGAGAGCCCAGAGGAAAUCUUUUGAGUUUGAGGACAUCCAGGGCUUCCGCAAGCAGCCGGCAGCCAGCGGCUCCCACAGACCUCGGGAAGAGACAAAUGGCACUGCAGGAUCCAGGCUGGUCUACACUCAGUCUGAAGACAACAUCUACGAGGACAUUAUCUGUCCUACAAAAGAAGAUCCUUAUGAAGAUAUCAGAGCACUGCCCUUGCCCCUGUGGAAGGUCCCAUCUGUCUGGAAGCUGCCCCCUCCUCGGAGCAUUAGCAGGGCUCCCAAGCCUCCCCCAAAACCUUCCUUCCUCAGUCGCAAGUCGCUGGAGCUGAAGCCCUCCCAGACAAGUUUCCAAGGGAAGAUGGGGAAGGAGACCUCCCUGCCUGUCACUCUGUCUGAGUGGAAGCUGUUCCGAGCAGUGGAGGCUGCUAGCAGGAGAAAGAACCUGCCCUGGCUGGUGCUAAAAAUACAGGAGAUCUUUGAUUCCAAGCGGGGAAAGAAGAAGGUGAAGCUGCUCAGUCCUUCUGGGAGAGAAGCAGCUCCAGUGAAAGGUGAAACCAGUGGGAAUGAAAGCGAUACGGAAAAUCAGCCCAAAAGUCAUCACAGGUGCCCAAGGCACUCGGCCUCCAAGAGGAACCCACACUACCAGACCUUGGAGAGGGAUCUCAUCGAGCUCCAGGAGCAGCGGCUGUUUGAGCUCUUCGUGGUGGUGUCCCUGCACAAGAAGGCAUCUGAGGUCACCUACACACCACACAUCAUCCAGCAGUUCCCCAGCAAGCCUGAACAUCCUUUCAGACCAUCAAAGGAUACUGAAGAGAGGCUAAAGGUCAUUCCCAAAUUCUGCUUUCCAGAUCCCAAAGACUGGUUCCCAUCAUCAGACCUUAAAAGUGAAACCUUUUCCUUCGUGCUGACGGGGGAGGAUGGCAGCCGCUGGUUUGGAUACUGCAGGAAACUCCUGCCAGAAGGGAAAGGGAAACGCCUGCCUGAGGUGUACUGCAUCGUGAGCCGCCUGGGCUGCUUCAACCUCUUCUCCAAGAUCCUGGAUGAGGUGGAGAAGAGGCGGGAGAUGUCCCCAGCCCUGGUGCAUCCCUUCAUGCGCAGCGUGAUGGAGGCCCCGUUCCCUGCCCCGGGACGCACCAUCACCGUCAGGAGCUUCCUGCCAGGAGCAGGAGAUGAGGUGAUGGAGCUGUGCCGCCCCUUGGACUCCCGGCUGGAACACGUUGACUUUGAGUGCCUCUUGCAGUGUCUGAGUGUCUCCCACACCAUCCGGGUCUUUGCCUCUCUCCUGCUGGAAAGGAGGGUCAUCUUUGUGGCUGACAACUUAAGCACUCUGUCUAAAUGUGGGCAUGCUGCAGUGGCAACACUUUACCCCUUCACCUGGCAGCACACCUACAUCCCCGUCCUGCCAGCUUCCAUGAUCGACAUUGUGUGCUCUCCGACCCCAUUCCUCAUUGGCAUCCUCUCCUGCUCCCUGCCACAGCUCCAGGACCUGCCCAUAGAAGAGGUUCUGAUUGUUGAUCUUUGUGCUGAUAAGUUCUUGCAAGAGGUAUCAGAUGAGGAUGAGAUCCUGCCCCAUAAACUCCAGGCUGCACUUGUACAAAUCCUGGAAGAACGGAGUGAAAUCCUGUCACAUGGGCAGAGUGACACACAAGGUGACAUGACCCUGAACUCCCUGGUCUCGGAGGCUUUUGUGCAGUUCUUCGUGGAGAUUGUGGGGCACUACUCCCUGCACAUGAGCGUGACGGAGAAGGGGGAGCGCGUGUUCCAGCGGGAGCCCUUCCGCAAAUCCCACGGCUCCCGCACCGUGCGCCACUUCCUGCACUGCUUCAUGGAGACCCAGAUGUUCGCAGGCUUCAUCCAGGACCGGGAGCUCAGCAAGAACCUGGUCAAAGGCCUUUUUGAGGUUCGUGCCUUGGAAUAUUUGGAGAGUAUUCCAGAGACGGAACGAACUGGAAUGAACAAAAUCCUUCGCAGUCUUGGCAGUAAAAUGAAAUUCCUCCAGAAGAAGUGACCGGGCGCUGCUGCGGGACAGCGGCGGGAGGGGAACCCCGGGCCGGGCCGGGUUGAGCUGUGCCCUGGGAGGGCCGGGCCAGGCCGGGGGCUCCGCGUGUGCUGCGGUAACAACCAGCGCGGAUCGAUAACCAGCUCACGGAUCGAUAACCAGCUCCAUGGAUCCAUAACAGCUCAUGGAUCAAUA